AUGAUUAAGCGCCUUCAAGGCCCUAAGACAGAACGAGAAAUGCCUCUUCUUCGCUUUCCUGAUGAAUUGCUCCUCGUCGUUGCAGACUUUCUAGAGGUCGAAGGAGACAUUAACUCAAUGGCGAAAACCAAUCAGCGGUUUUACUCUCUUCUGAAUUCGUACCUAUAUCGACGGAAUUCACUUGAAUAUGGAAGUUCGGCGCUGUUGUGGGCAGCUCAACAAGGCAGCGACGCAACGGCCCGAAGAUGCGUUUCACAAGGAGCGGAUGUUAUGGCGAUUGAUAGCGUCGGCCGAACACCGUUAACCUGGGCUGCGCGGAACGGCCACGAGGGGGUAGUGAAGCUGUUGCUGGCAACUGGGCGGGUGGAUGUUGACUCAAAGAAUAAUAACGGUGGAGAGACACCGCUGUGCUGGGCUGCACGGAGCGGCCACGAGGGGGUGGUGAAGCUGUUGCUGGCGACUGGGCGGGCGGAUGUCAACUCAAAGACCAGCUUCUCGCAGUAUACACCGCUGUCUCUAGCUGCCCAGAGGGGCCACGAGGGGGUAGUGAAGAUAUUACUAGCGACUAGGCUGGUGGAUGUGGACUCAAAGGAUAACAAUGGAGUGACACCGCUAGCCAUAGCUGCGUGGAACGGCCACGGUGGGGUGGUGAGGCUGUUGCUAGCGACUGGGCAGGUGGAUAUUGACUCAAAGGAUAACGGUGGAGAGACACCGCUAGCCAUGGCUGCACGGAAUGGCAACGAGGGGUUAGUGAAGCUUUUGCUGGCGACUAGGCAGUUGGAUGUGGACUCGAAGGACAGCAGAGGAAAGACACCUCUGUCCCACGCGGCGAAACUAGGAAGUGAAGGGGCAGUAAAGCUGUUACUAGCGACUGGGCAGGUGGAUGUUGACUCAAAGGAUAACGGUGGAGUGACACCGCUAGCCAUGGCGGCGUGGAAUGGCCACGAGGGGGUGGUAAGGCUGUUAUUAGCGACUGGGCAGGUGGAUGUGGACUCAAAGGACUUGGAUGGUUCCACGCCAUUAUCUCGGGCUGCACGCAACGGCAAAGAGGAGGUAGUGAAGCUGUUGCUAGCGACCGGGCAAGUGGGUGUCGACUUAAAAGAUAAUAAUGGAAGAACACCACUGUCCGGGGCGGCGCGCUUGGGCCGUGAAAAGGUAGUAAAGCUGUUACUAGCGACUGGGCAGGUGGAUGUGGACUCGAAGGACAACAGAGGAAAGACACCGCUGUCCCAGGCGGCGGAACUGGGCCGUGAAGGGGUAGUAAAGCUAUUACUAGCUACUGGGCAGUUAGAUGUGGACUCAAAGGAUAACGAUGGAGUGACACCGCUAGCCAUAGCUGUGUGGAGGGGCCAUAAGGGGGUAGUGAGGCUGUUGCUAGCGACUGGGCAGGUGGAUGUGGACUCAAAGGGCCCGGACGGUUAUAUGCUAUUAUCUUAG